CUCAUAUACUCGUCUUAAAGUGAAACUAGAUACAGACUGCAGCACUGCCGUCCAUCAGAGAACCUCCAGCAGACUGAAACUGGACCUCGGGUCACAUCUGGACACUCAUCUGAAUGUUAGAAAACUACAAACGCCAUCUUCGAUCUGACCUUGAAAACAAGAAGAUGGGUAAUAUGGAGAGCUGGGAGAGGGAGAGGGAGAGGGAGAUGAUACUGGACAUUUUUGUGCAGAAACUCGGCGAGGGUCCAGAUCUGAAAGUCAACAACAGCAUUGAGAAGUUCACCGGUCUUGCCUCUUCAGACAAUCUGACACAACACUACGAGAAGAGAAAAAUGGAGGCCAGCGACUGCACUGCAGGCUGGAUAAAAAACCUGGUGGAGAAACUGGCCAAUUUAACACCAGCUCCAGCACUGGCGGGCCUCGGAGCGUUCGCCAUCGCUGUCUUCAUCGACGUUGUUUCCUUCAGUCCGCCUGAAGACAGCACGAAGGACUCACUGCGAUGUGUGUUUGCUGAGGAGAAGGCCUCCGAGGUCUGGGAUCAGAUCGACGAGUGUCUGAAGAGAUGCAUGGCGCACAUUAAGAAUAAAGACGAGCUGAGGAGCAACAUUGAACGGAUCGAGUGCCAGCUGAGCGCCGCCCUCACCAAGCUGAAGAACUCCAUGCUGAGGGACAACCACAUGUCGUCUCAGGCUCUGAAGGCCUGGGUUAACGGGGCAGCCUUCCACAUCCAGAUGCUGAUCCACCUGGUGAGACUCGGAGGGAUUCAAACCUGCGACCCUGUAAAGGGAUUCCUCUCGACUUAUCAGAGCGAUCUGGACACACUGUUCAAAAAGCACAAGGAAUUUAUAAAAGAAAAGUGCUAUUAUAGUAUAUGGAGUUUAGUGUUUAAUUUCCCUUGUCUGGUGGAUGAAGAUUCAAAGAGCCAUUACUUACGUCCUCAUGCCUUAGGUUCUUAUGCCUUACGUAGUCCUGCCUUUCGUCCUCGUGCCUUAGAUCCUCAUAUUAGCUUUGACAGAUACGUUGAGGCUUUGUAUGAGCACAGGUACAGCAGGCAGAUGCGUGAGGUUCAGCUGUACUUCAGUGACGUCACACAGAACCUGCAGAGGCUGGUUGAACAAAGAGGCUACUUUAAUGUCUAAGUAGAAAGAGUCUGAGGGAUCUAAAGAGACCUUCAGGGCUGCAGCACGCACAGGUCACAGCUUUAUGGACUUGACUCUGUAGGUGUUUCUUUAUUUUUGAAAUAUUGUUUUCUUCAGAGAUAACGAUUACAAACAUACAAACGUUACAUUUUAAAGUGAACAGUGUCUGAAUGGGGACAUUUUACAAUAUAAUCAAAUAAUACUUAGUGUUUUACGCCUCCUUUUAGAUAUGUAACUUAAUCAUUUCCCCCAGCUGUAUGUGAGUUUCUCCAUUAUUAGGAUAUCACCAGUAAUGUUCAGCCAUUGUUUGUAGACUGGUGCAUCAGCUGUUAGCCAGUUCUUUGUGAUGGCCUUCUUUCCAGCGACAAGGAGAAUGUUGAGCAGGUAUUGAUGUACAUGAACAGAUCCUUCCAUAUGUCCCAGGUACAGUACCAGACAGGUUCGUGGGAUUCCAACACCCCCCACCUCACACAGAACAGAGUCCACAGUCCCACAACGCUUGAACCUUCGUGCAGCUCCAGACUCCAUGUGCAUGCAGAGUCUCCAGCAUCGCUGUUGAUCGUUUGUUUACUUCUGAUUUUGGGUUUGAUAAAAUAACAUAUCGUCUCCGUCCGUGUGACUCGUGUUCUGGUGGAUCUUCCACAUAUCAUACCACAUCUCAUCUGGGAUCUCUUCGCUCAGUUCUUUCCCCUUUUAGUUCUUACAUGAAGUGUUGAAUCCUCAGCUUCCAUCAAACAAGAGUAUCACGAUCAGCUCGUACGAUAAUCUUUACAACAGGAUCUUCUUCUUCUUUUUGUAUAGUAACCCCUCAUUUGCAUAUAUCUGAAUCAGUCUUGGUUUUCUAGAUCAAACCUGUUCAAGUCUUGAAAGCUUCUCAUGUCUCCCUCAUGAUAAGUGCAUACGGCUGUUAAACCUUCUUCUGUCCAUUGUUUGAAUCAUAAGCUCUCCAGUCGAACAGUCCAAGUUCCCUUCACACUUCCAAUCGUUUAAUAAUGGAAUACAGAUAUCUAAUGUGAAUGUAGUGAUUGGGUCUGUCUCUCUUUAAUAUGGGGAGGUGUCUUUCUUUGCCCUAUGAGAGGUUGAAUUGGGACCCAGAUAAAAGCGAGAUGUAAUCAGAGUUUCAGCAGUAAAUGAGCGGACGCAGUUGUGCUGCAUGAAAGUAUUCCUUUAGCUUCGGGAGAGCCAGUCCCCCCUCUUCUUCAGGCAAGGAGAGGGGUAUAUCUUAUCCUCCAUCUUUGAUAUUAGUUUAUCCCAACUAUGGAACUGGACCUGUGGUAUAUUCACGGGCAAGAAGUAAAUAUAAGAGAGGAGAAUGUUCCUUUUCACUGUACUUAUCCUGUCAAUAAACUCAUGGGGCAGC